AUGCCUGCCGAAUCCAUCUUUCCGGACUUUGUUCUCGGCCAUCCCAGACAUCAUAAGACGAGGCCUCAGGGGGUGCCUCACAAACAAAAACCCAAGGCAAGACCGCCGAAGGGCUUGAGGGACAAAGUUCCCUUCUAUGGCAAGCUACCGCAUUAUGCUGGCCCGUACGAGGUUGGAAUCAUCGACAUUGAAGUGCCGGCUCGGAACCCAAGGACUUUCUCGGAUAUCAAGCGGCAUGGCGUCCGCGCUCUUACCCUCGAGACGGUGUUGAUGACAAUCUAUUAUCCUGCCCACCUGAAUGUCAAGUACAACGUCGAUGCUCCGUCCACCAUGCAAAGAUUUCGCCCGACCUGGCUGACCCGACCUAGAGAUCAGACGAGCCGCGGUUACGGGCGUUUCGCAAAUCUUCCGGAGCACUUGAUGAUGGCUUUCUUCUUCUGUACAACCUGGUAUACGAAAAUCCCCGCAUACAAAAAUGCAAGACUUGCAGACCAUUGGCCUCCCCACGGAGAAGCUUCCACAGGCCGGCGGAAGGCGGUGGAUGAAGAGGGGAAACCACCUGCACAAGGACCCCAGAAGCCCAAGUUCCCUCUCAUAAUCUUCAGUCACGGCUUGGGAGGGACAAGGACGUGCUACUCAUCCGUCUGCGGGGAGUUUGCCAGCCAUGGCUUUGUGGUGGUGGCUCUCGAACAUCGGGAUGGAAGCGGGCCGAGAACCAUGGUCAAUCACUCUGCUGUUGGACCAGGAAGCCGGUACUGUACAGAGGCCGACGGAAAUGUAGAGCACGAGAAAAAGGCUGCCAAGAAGCCCUACGAUACUGUGGACUUCAUUUUCGCAAAAAGCGACAAGUACGACACAACCCCCGGGCACCAAGUGGACCAUAAACUGCGCAAUGCCCAGGUUGAUCUGCGGCUAGCUGAGAUUGACGAGGCCUACCAGGUCAUGCAAGAGAUAUGUGCGGGUAAUGGCGACAAGGUCGCAGCGAGGAACCUGCGGGUCAAGCCCGCAAUCGGUGCUUCAAAGAUCGGUCUGGAUGGCAUUGAGUGGUCGUCAUGGCAAGAUCGUUUCUUCACCGAGGGGGUCACCAUGGUGGGACAUUCCUUUGGAGCAACUACGGCUGUUGAGGUCCUACGACAGAAACACCGGUACAAAUACAUCACACAGGGGAUUAUCUACGAUAUCUGGGGCAUGCCGGUGCGGCCAACUGCCGAAGAGCGAGAAAACCGCAUUCGAGUCCCGCUUCUAGGGAUCAAUUCGGAGGCCUUCAUGUACUGGCCAGACAAUUUCGAAGUGGCAAAGACAGUGACGAUGGAGGCCCUGGAAACGGGACAUCCAGCGUGGCUACUGACUGUCCGUGGAACUGUACACAUCUCUCAAUCAGACUUCUGCAUCCUGUACCCUCAGCUGGCCAGCUACCUGAUGAAGACUACCAUUGACCCUGUCCGCGCCGUCGACGUGAACAUCGAUGCAUCGCUGGAAUUCCUGGCUCACGUUAUGCCCCAGGAGGUGCACUACGAGCAGCCUUUCCUUAGGCGGAUGAGGGAAAAGAAGGUAUUGGACCUUCCUGCGCUAGAUGACUUGCCCACAGAGCAUCGGCCGAACAAGAAAUGGACGGCGGUGCGGUUGAGGGUUCAGCACGAGGCCCGCAAACGGCUCACGCCCGGGGCGAGGAAGCGUUACUGGGAGAAGCUCCAGCGUUCAGGCGAAGGGGAAAUUUGGCUGCACAUCAACCCGGACAAUACCCCCGAGUUGGAAAAAUGCGAGACAUGCCGGAUUCCUCGAUGGACCGACAUUGACAGGCCGAAAUCGAGGGAGUGA